AUGGACGGUCAGCUUCUGCUGGUGCUGCUGUUGCUGCUCGGGGCCUCAAGCCUGUGGGGCCAGGAACCAGGGCCCGGGGGUCCCUUGGAGGAGCCCCUGGAGGAGGAGGUCCUCGAGGAGGAUGGGAUCUUGGUGCUGAGCCAGCGGACCCUAGGCCUGGCCUUGCAGGAGCACCCUGCCCUGCUGGUGGAGUUCUAUGCCCCGUGGUGUGGGCACUGCAAGGCACUGGCCCCUGAGUACAGCAGGGCAGCUGCUCUGCUAGCAGCGGAGUCAGCCAAGGCCCGGCUGGCCAAGGUGGAUGUGCCUGCAGAGCCGGAGCUGGCCGAGGAGUUUGCUGUGACAGAAUACCCCACGCUCAAGUUCUUCCGAGAUGGGAACCGAAUACACCCAGAGGAAUACACUGGUCCCCUGGACGCGGAGGGUAUCGCUGAGUGGCUGAGGCGGCGGGUGGGCUCCAGUGCCACUCAGCUAGAGGAUGAGGAGGGUGCCCAGGCGCUGAUCGAUGCCAGGGAUGUGGUGGUGGUGGGCUUCUUCCAGGACCUGAAGGACAAAGAUGUGGCUAUCUUCCUGGCCGUGGCCCAGGAUGCCCUGGACAUGACCUUUGGCCUCACUGACCGGCCACAGCUCUUUCAGAAAUUUGGCCUCACCAAGGACACUGUGGUCGUCUUCAAGAAGUUUGACGAGGGACGGGCAGACUUCCCAGUGGACAAGGAGCUGGGCCUGGACCAGGGGGAGCUGUCCCGCUUCCUCCUCACGCAUAGUAUGCAUCUGGUUACGGAGUUCAACAGCCAGACGUCCCCUAAGAUCUUUGCGGCCAAGAUCCUUAACCACCUGCUGCUGUUCGUCAACCAGACGCUGGCUCCCCACCGGGAGCUGCUGGCAGGCUUCCAGGAGGCUGCUCCCCCCUUCCGGGGGCAGGUGCUGUUUGUGGUGGUGGACGUGGGUGCCGACAACGACCAUGUGCUGCAAUACUUUGGCCUCAAGGCUGAGGAGGCCCCCACCCUGCGCUUCAUCAACAUAGAGACCACCAAGAAGUAUGCACUUGUGGACCGAGGUCCAGUCACUGCAACCUCAGUUGCGGCCUUCUGUCAUGCAGUCCUGGGAGGGGAGGUCAAGCCCUAUCACUUGAGCCAAGAGGUGCCCCCUGACUGGGACCAACGGCCAGUCAAGACUCUCGUGGGCAAGAAUUUCGAGCAGGUGGCCUUUGAUGAAACCAAGAACGUGUUUGUCAUGUUCUAUGCCCCAUGGUGUGCCCACUGCAAGGAGAUGGCCCCAGCCUGGGAGGCCCUGGCCGAGAAGUACAAGGACCACGAGGACAUCAUCAUCGCCGAGCUGGACGCAACGGCCAAUGAACUGGAGGCCUUCCCUGUGCAAGGCUUCCCCACCCUCAAGUACUUCCCAGCAGGGCCCGGUCGGAAGGUGAUUGAAUACAAAAGCACGAGGGACCUGGAGACCUUCUCCAAGUUUCUGGACAACGGGGGCGAGCUGCCUGCAGAGGAGCCCAAGGAAGUGCCUGGUGCCCCCUUCCCGGAGACACCAGAAAAUUCUACCUUGGAGCCCAAAGACGAGCUAUAGCUGCUGCUACUGUCAGUGUUCCCUGGGCACUGUGUUCUCUGGUGCCUGUGGAAGCUGUGGGCUGUGAAUAAAGAGC